UUCUCUCUCCCCUUCGUUCUUCUGAAAAAACAAACCCUUUCGGCGCCGCCAUCGCCCCCGCCAACCCUUUCUCGCCACCCUCUCCUCCGUGCGGGCGGCGCCUCCGGCUCCUAAACCUCCGGUAAUCGUGUGCCGCCGGCCGGCCUCCCCUUGUACGCUCAUCCGCCGGUACAAUCGCCGCCGAUGGCUCCCAAAUUGCGGCUCGGUCUCGCCAGGAGAUAUGCCAGUAAAUUGGAGCUAAACUGCGCGGAGGAACCCGAAUUUGCCGCCAUGGAUAGCUUGGCUGAUGUGGUGGCAAACAUCUGCAGGGAUACCAGGGAGUCGAGCUGCGACGAGAGGAUUGCAGUUCUGAGGAGCAUUGGGGAGCACUGCGUCUAUGGGAGUGAACUGCGGCUCCUACUGAAGAAGAAGGAGGCUCCCAUUUGCUACGUUUGGUUUGAACCUACACCCUGGAUGGACAUAACGCAGGGGCUUCUGAAGACAAUUUAUGUCAACAAGAUGGUCAAAGCUGGUUACAUAGUUAAAAUUUUGAUAGCAGAUUGGUUUGCUCCGCGGAACUAUAAGAUCUGCAACAAUAAAAGUAAAGUUAGGAACAUUGGCUACUACAAUAUUGAGAUGUGGAAAGCAGCCGGCAUGGAUCUUGACAGAGUAGAGAUAGUAUGGUUGUCAGAUGAGCUGGAAAGGCAUGCACCCGAUUACUGGUCACUUGCCCUUGAUGUCUCAAGAAAAUACACCAUGAAAAGAAUGGCAAGCUUUUAUGUGGAUCCAGCCCCAUUUGGUGGGCCACAAGUACUCCCCGCUGCUGACAUAUUUUACACAUGCAUGCAAGUUGCUGCUACAUUGUGUCAGAAGUUGCAGGCGGAUAUAUGGCUCUUCAGCAUGGAUCAGUGGGACAUUGCCGUGCUAACAAGAGAGUACUGUGAAGACAUAAAAAGGGAGACCAAACCAACUAUUAUGUUGCACAAUAUACUACCUAAUUUAGUAGAUGAUCCUUAUUUAGACCAUCAUUACCUUUAUAACAUGAGGGAUCCAAAAUGGAAUAUCUUCAUGCACGAUAAGGAGCAUGUUUCACAUAGAAUAAGGAGAGCGAUCUGUCCUCCAAAAGUAGCAGUUUCCAACCCUUGUUUGGAGUACGUCAGAUAUGUUAUCUUCCCUUGGUUUCGGAAGUUCGAGGUACAGAAGGAACGGGAUGGUAGCAACAAGGCAUUUGCGUGCAUGGAAGAGCUUAUUGUUGAUUAUGAAAGUGGGGAUCUUGAUCCUGUGGAUGUUAAGUUGGCUCUCGAAAGAGGAAUAUACAAAAUAUUAGAGCAUGUUGAUGACUACUUCAACAGCAAAGCUGAAGCCCAAGCUGUAAUUAUGGCCCUUAAGGACCAAAUCGAGCCCACAGUGUCUGCAGAUCAAUUGAAGAUUUACCGGCAGAACGAAGAUAUUAUUCAUCCUGGAUACACACCACGGUACCAUGACCAUGAGGUGUAAUAAUUCGCCUCGGGAGGAAGAGGACUUGAACUCUUGGGUCAUACUGUCAUGAAUCUAUCUGUGCAAGUUCAAGGAAAAGGAGAUGUAAAUUAUUUAUGAUUAGACUGGGUGGUUCGACUUAGUUUCCGUGCGUCCCGGCCGGCGGCGAGCAAAGCGUGUAAUGAUAUGUUUAUUACUCCUACCGAUUCAUUAUAAGUGUCGAUUUUGUACCAAGUUAGUACAAAUUUUGUACUAAGUGGGUGACACGUUUUGUGGAUCGGAGGGAGUAUUAUGCAAGACAUUAUGGCUUGCUUGAUUUUAGCUUUGUACGGCACGUCCGCAAAAUAGUUCGAAUAGACCUCUUAGACUUAAA